AAGGCUAGGUGUAACACGAAUACAUAUUUCAUAAAAAUAUUCCUUUAUGCGAUGUCAAAGGAAUUCCACGUUGGCAAGCCAGUCACGUUUCGGCCGCCUAUAGCCGUCCUUCAUUUAUUUACUUGGUGCCAAAGAACGUGCGGUUUUGGCACGCCCUCUCCACUCUAUUAUUUCAUAACAGAUAUUCAUAAAUCGAAUGUUUUUGUGUAUAAGUUUUGAUCAUCAGCGCCGCUAGUCAAUCGUGUUUAAACUUGUUUGGAUACUUUUAUUUAUAACGCAAUCGCAGGAACUUUGUUUACCCUAUCUUGAUCCUAAUUGAAUAUUUAAUUGUAAAGCGAAGCGGUGGUGAAGCUCGGCGCAUCAUUUCCUGACACUAAUUGAUCCCAUUUCCCUCCCGCGCCGAGUAACGCCCUCCACCUCUGAGUCCAUCGCUCACGUGGAAUCCAAUAAGAACCGCUUAGCUGCCUCGCUAGGGAGCACGUCAACAUUUUUUAAACAUAUUCGAGACUUAACUUGCCCUCAAUCUUCCCAACUUUACGGAUGAUAAGGAAGUUUAAGGUUUACGUGCUCCGUAGAGGUAAUCCCCGUCCUUUUCCUUAACCUUACGACACUCAUGACACUGGCCUGGAUAUAAGUAACUUAUAUACAGAUCAGUACAACUUUUUGUCUUUUACAGAAAAGUGAUGUAAUUGUAUUUAAAAUCAUAUGUAUUUUUUGAUCGAAAUUACCGAUUUGAUUCCGUCGAAGUUUAAAGUUUACAUAAAGUGUUGAAACGAACAUAGUACUUAUAAUAAAAUGAUUAAGUGGAUCAAAUGAACAAUGACAAUGUGAAAAAUAAGUGAUAAUGACAUUUAACAGAACUCUAAAUGACGCGAACGUUUCAUAUGAAAAGUGUGAAAAACAAAUCGAUAUGGGAUGACUCAAAGUGUAAAAUGUUAUGUGCAACCCAUUUUCCGACCCGGAGAUGAUGCGCGAAUUUCACGACAAUGCUGGGGCAGGCGCAGGCGGCGCGAUGGAGGAAAACGAGGGCGACGAGAAUGGGGCUGCCGAGGUCGAUAUGGACGACUGCGGCUCCCUCGCGCUGCCGCCCGACCUGCCCCCCUACUCCGGCGACUACAUCAUCAGUGACUACAUGGAGCGCCUCGGCACCCGCCUUAAUAUCCUCGAAACAGAGCUCAAGUACGCCUGGCGAGCUCUCGACCUCCUCAGUCAGGAGUACGUCAGAAUGUGGGAACGUCUCGAGAGGCUGGAGGCCCUGCUCGCGGACCAACAGGGUGUUAUAUCAACGUUACUCGACUUCUACACGUGCCGUGGUGUUACUGCCAGAGAUCCUAUGACCCGGCUAGAAGUAAUUAGAGAAAUUUUAGGCAAUGGAACGGUAGAAGAUGGUAUCGAAGAAGGUUUAGAUAUAGGGCGUAGCUCUGUUUUAAUGGAUCCACAAGAGGAAAUAAUGGAGUCUAAUGAGGCUUUUUACAAAAGCUUAAACCAAGCUUAUCGAGACGAUCUGGUUUGCGAAGAGACUUCUCGCCCCCCUUCACAAUUAGAUAUGAUUUGGGAAGCGCCAGAAGAACACGAGAUGGAAAUUAUACCUGCUGGUUCAAGACAAGUGUACAGUGCAACAGAUUACAAAGAUUACUGUGGAUUACAGGGCGGGCCCGUUAUUAGCGAAAGAGAUUUGGUACAUUUAUCGACGUUAAGUACAAUAGAUCAAAUCGCCGUAGAAAAAUUACAUGAAUUAGAUAGGCUGACAACACAAUUACACAAAGAUUCGAGAGAGUUAAAAGACUUGAAAACUAGAAUUCUUAGCCCAGAAACAAUGUCAUCCAAACACAAUAUUGAUAUCGAAGCUAAAGCACUUGUUGAAGACGGCAAUAUAAUAAAUGAACAACUUAAAAAUGUUUAUUCUGGUGAAGAAAACUGGGGUAUCAACGAUGUUAUGAAAAGUUUUGACGAUUUUCUAUUGUCUAUGCCUAAAGAAUCUAUCAGUAGAGAAAAAUCUCCAUCUCGAUUGUCUCUUACCGAAAAAUCUGUAACGGAUCGAGCUAUUGAUUACUUACCUCCAACGGUAUCUCCUCGACGAAAUUAUGUUCCUGAAAGAACAACAACAGAACCGUAUACUACUGUGACGGGACGGUUAGCAUACAGUUCGGCAGUAGCAAAUGCGGAAAUAAAUGCAGCUAAGGCUUCCAAAUCCCCUAGCGCACUUUCUAGAGAAAGGUUUGAAUAUAGCCCAUCUUAUCAAAUGACAGACCCUUCAAUGUAUUAUACCAGUAAAGGAUUAUCUCAACCAAUUAACGAUAUUUAUAAAACAGCUGGUUUAGAUCAGCAAUCUCCUAUGUCAGUCCAUGAAAUUUAUAAAAGACCUUCUGACAGUAGAUAUGAAGUAAAUUAUGAAGAAAGUAGGUUACGGGAGCCCCCUAGUCCACCGCCACCAGCUCCUCCAAAUGGAGCUAAUUUAUUCGCCACUAUUGGAAACAACAAUGAAUCGAUGGCUGCUAGUCAGUCAAUGCUUUCGGCCGGUAAUUUACCAUCAGACAAUUUACGAUUAAGUCCUAGGUCUCCCAAAUCCCCAAAAACGUCCCCAAAACACGUGAAAAGAGAUACUACGAAUAUAGUCGCCGCUAAAUCUGACUCGGGUUUAUCAUCUAUGAGUGGAUGGUCCAGCCUGGAGAAAAGCCCAGGCUCGCCAAAAACAGGAAAGGUCGUGCAUUCUAGUCAUGACUCGCACAAAGUAAGAAACGCAUCGCCUCAAUUAGUUCAAAGAAUGGCCUAUGAAAUUGAUUCCAAACCCUAUUUAGAAACACUAACAGACUCAUAUGCCCAAGAAGGUAAAAAUGUAAAAAGUGAUUAUAACUUACGAAAAAUUGAUAAAAUUAACAAAGAACUCUCAUCAAGGGAUUUAAAUAAAUUUCAAGGGAAGUUAGAAAAUGAUUUUAUGAAAUCUAGUAUUCCGCAUUCAAUCGGGGCAUCAAGUUCACAAUUAAAUAUGAGUGAAUAUUUUUAUGGAAAUGAAGCUCCUUCAAUAUAUUCAGUUGCUGGUAAUAGACAACCAGUAUUUACAACGGUUUAUAGCACUCCAAGAGGCAUGCUUUCUGAGGACCGAAAUAAUUUUUCCGAAUUAUUAGAUAGAAAUGAAAUUGUAGAAUCCAAUGCACCAGUUGCAGACUCAUAUCCGCCUGAACCUAGUUAUCAUGCGCAAACGGUUGUUAUGUCAACUGCAAAUGUAAAUAAGAGAACAUUGACCAGAGCAAACACAAUGGGCCCUAAUGAUCCCCAAUUUCAUCAAAAUGGAUAUAAAGCGACAUCUCGUGGUGCGUAUCCACCUGGCAACCUUACUGAUGCAUUGUCAUAUUAUCCAACAUCCAGUAGGUAUGAUUCACCAAAACGUACAUCAUUAGAAGAUCAGCUUUCAUGGCAAGGUGGAAGUAGAUCACCAACUAGUUCAAUGGAUACGUCUAGUUUAAAGUCCCACUCCCUAAAUAUUUCUGAGAGAAAACAGUUUCAAAAUCAGCUACAGCAAGAAUAUUUUAAGCAGCAACAAUAUGACCAAAGAAACGGAAAUCUCAAUUGCUACGACGAACAAGAGUAUAAUCAUCAAAUGAUACCAGAACACUCAAAAACAAGAAAAGAACAAUACGUAGACUCAGGUGGUAUGUUAGUCUCUGAGUCAGGAUAUUUGUCUAUAUCAAGAAGUAAACCCCAAGAUAAAAUACCUAAAAAGCCAAAGAGAACAUCUUCCUUAAAAUCUGCUAUGUCCAGUGUGAGCCAUUGGCUGCCAGAUUUGCAUUUACCCAAAAAACAUAGAUCUCAUUCUUUACCUUCUGGUGUAGAUACUGUAGAACAACCUCAACAAGAAAAGAGUUUAAAAGAACGCAUAUUGUCUGCUCAAAGAAGAAAGAAAAAAUAUCAUUUAGUUGCUUCCAUGUCAGGCUUAUUACAAAAGGCUAGAAGAAAGCAUCAAGCAAGUCAUCAAUCGUUAUCAGACCCAGAAACGUCAGAAACUGAGUGGUCUGGAGGGAGAUCGAGUGCUCAAUCCGAGGAUAGUGACAGUGUGUUUUCUGAUUCUGCUCAUGAGCCCAAUAUGUUUGCUAAAGUACCUCCAAAACCAAAACAGAGAAAAAGUAACAACCAGGAUAUAGUGGAGCAACAACAAAUGAUCCAAGAGUUACACCAGCAAGGGCGAGAUUUUCCUGAAGACAUUUCAGAACAUGACAUGGAUGAAAUUGAUAAAAUUUCAGUAAAUAAUACGAUUCCACGAGAUAAGAGCGAUGAUAUUGACUUUCACUUCGCACGAAUUAGCCAGAUGAAUAAAGAUAAUAUAUCGGAAUUAGAAAAAUUAGAUAUAGAUACUGACAUUUCAAACGUAGACCUUUUCGAAGAUGACAUAAAAGAAGAGGAUGAUCAAUCACCUGGAUCUCUUUUUGCAACGAUCGGUGACGUAAAGAAGGCAGCUGCUGCCUCAGACGAGGGUCUAAAUGAUAGUAAUAAAUCCUAUAGUGGAAGUUCGCAAGAAUUUGCAGUAUCAAGGGCUUUAGGAAAAUAUAGAUUAAGAAAAUCUACAUCGAUAUCUGAUGAACAAAUGGAUGAUGAACUCUCUCCACCGAGAACCGAACCCGAACAAGAGGAAGAAAUGCCAAGUCAAAAAGAGAAAAAAAUACGCAAAACUAGCACUCCCGAAAUCAUUAACACUACAGCACCCGAAGAAACAUCUCAAUACCCAGAAAGAAGUCCAUCAAUUCAAAGCGCCCGUACCAUUCAUAGUAAAUUUCCGACGAGGCAUCAGCAAAGUUUAGAUAUCCCUAAUAAGCAUGAUGAUGAUGACAGUAAAAGUACUCAUUCGUGGAGAAGUGGCUCAAGAGUAUCAUCGAGACGACAAAGUACGGAAGAUAGCAUCGAUUCUGAGGAUGAAUGGUAUUGCUACGAAUUAAGGAAACUAGAAGAAAUGGAACAUCAAUCACAUAGUGAAAUGGAAAGACAAACAACACUGCCAGAAGAACCUGAAUAUGAAGAUGAAGAAGAUCCAGCCAAAGCCAAGGAAAUAUUAAAAGAAAAAAUGUCAUUUGUUUUAAGAGAAUUGAAACUUAAAACAGCUAACGUAAAAACUAAAUAUGACAAAACACCCGAAAAAGAAACAUGGAAAGAUAUCACAACAUUCCCUGCAACUUCUGAUUCAAAGGACUACGAAAGCCCUAUUAGAGACGACGAAGAUGAUAAAUCUUAUGCCGAUGAUUCUGGAUCGGGUGAAACUUCGGGUCCAGAUAGUCCUGUUCAAAGUGGGGAUGAACUGGACGAAGAUUACGAUAUGCCGCAGUUUCAUGAGGAGACCGCGACAGUUCAAGAACUACAACAACAGCAAGAUGCACCUGUCGGGAGUAAAUGGAAGUUGUUGAAGGCGCUGAAGGACCGAAAAGCUGAGGACAAGGCGUCUGACACUCCAGUGGCAACCACUCCGUCCACGGAGAAAGACAAAGUCAGUGCAGGUAAUGGUUCCGGAGGAUUCAACGAAGGAAAAGGAAAUGGCCACCCAGGAGAUAACCCCUUCUACAGUAACAUUGACAGUAUGCCUGACUUUCAACCACCUCGUAAAUACAUCCCGCUCGUCUCUGAACUUACUAUGGCUGCCACAAAAAGGAAUGCAGGUUUGACAUCAGCUGUUCACCGGGCCACGUUGAACGAUGAAGAGUUGAAAAUGCACGUAUACAAGAAAACAUUGCAAGCGCUCAUAUAUCCCAUCUCGUCAACGACGCCCCACAACUUUCUACUAUGGACCGCCACUUCCCCUACUUACUGCUACGAAUGCGAAGGCCUUCUGUGGGGUAUUGCGAGGCAGGGCGUCCGUUGUACAGAGUGCGGUGUCAAGUGUCACGAGAAAUGCAAGGAUUUGCUCAAUGCCGAUUGCCUGCAGAUGUGUUUCGCAGGGGCUGCCGAGAAAUCUUCGAAGCACGGGGCAGAGGACAAGGCUAACUCCAUCAUAACCGCCAUGAAAGAACGAAUGAAGCAACGCGAGAGAGAUAAGCCGGAGAUCUUCGAGCUAAUCAGGCGGACUUUUAACGUCGAUCCAGACACUCACAUAGACAGCCUCGAACAGGCAGAGCAGGUCACUAUAGAGGGAACGUCAAAAUGGUCAUGCAAGAUCGCCAUUACAGUUAUUUGUGCUCAAGGGUUAAUCGCCAAAGAUAAGAGUGGGACCUCGGACCCCUACGUCACUGUCCAAGUCAGCAAAGUCAAGAAGCGGACCAGAACUAUGCCUCAAGAAUUGAACCCCGUCUGGAACGAAAAAUUUUACUUCGAGUGUCAUAAUUCAUCGGACCGUAUCAAAGUACGCGUGUGGGAUGAGGACAACGACCUGAAAUCUAAGCUUCGACAGAAGUUGACGAGGGAGUCUGACGAUUUCCUGGGACAGACGAUCAUUGAAGUUCGAACCUUGUCCGGUGAGAUGGACGUGUGGUACAACUUAGAGAAGCGGACAGACAAGUCGGCGGUGUCCGGCGCAAUCCGGCUGCACAUCAACGUCGAGAUCAAGGGCGAAGAGAAGGUGGCGCCAUAUCAUGUCCAGUAUACGUGUCUCCACGAGAACCUGUUCCACUACCUCUGCGAAGAGACGGGCACGGUGACUUUGCCCACGGCGAGAGGGGACGAUGCGUGGAAGAUCUACUUCAAUGAGAACCCCGAGGAAAUCGUCGAUGAGUUUGCUAUGAGAUACGGAAUAGAAGCUAUCUACCAAGCUAUGACGCACUUUCACUGUUUGUCGACGAAAUACCUGUGUGCGGGUGUGCCGGCGGUAAUGUCCACGCUUCUGGCGAAUAUCAAUGCGUACUACGCUCACACCACCGCUUCCUCUGCCGUUUCUGCUUCGGACCGAUUUGCCGCAUCCAAUUUCGGGAAAGAGAAGUUUGUCAAGCUACUGGACCAGCUGCACAAUUCUCUUAGGAUAGAUCUGUCGAUGUAUCGCAACAACUUCCCCGCCUCCACGGCUGAGAAGCUCAUGGACCUCAAGUCUACCGUUGAUCUGCUCACUAGUAUUACGUUCUUUAGGAUGAAGGUCCAAGAGCUAAGCAGUCCGCCGAGAGCAAGCACUGUUGUCAAAGACUGCGUAAAAGCGUGCUUGAGAUCGACAUAUCAAUUCCUCUUCGAGAAUUGUAACGAUCUCUAUAAUAGAGAAUAUCAGCCACUUGUCAAUUCUAAGGUGGAUCCGAAUGAAGCGAAACGCGACGGAGACCACGGGCCGCAGUUGGACUCCGUGGACUUCUGGCAUAAGCUUAUAGCGCUGAUUGUGUCGGUCAUAGACGAGGACAGGAAUAGUUACGCGCCUGUGUUGAAUCAGUUCCCGCAGGAGUUAAAUAUUGGACAGCUAUCGGCAGCGACAAUGUGGUCGCUAUUCGCCGUGGACAUGAAAUACGCGCUUGAAGAACACGAACAGCAUCGGCUCUGCAAGUCUUCCGCUUAUAUGAAUCUGCACUUCAAGGUAAAAUGGCUGCACACGCAAUACGUGAAAGACGUGCCGCCGUACUGCGGCGCGGUGCCGGAGUACCCCGCCUGGUUCGAGCCCUUCGUGAUGCAGUGGCUUAACGAGAACGAUGACGUCUCGCUUGAGUAUCUCAAUGGAGCUUUCAACAGGGAUAAGAAGGAUGGGUUUCAAAAAUCAAGCGAGCACGCGCUCUUCAGUAACUCCGUGGUGGACGUGUUCACCCAACUCACGCAGUGCUUCGACGUGGUGUCCAAACUGGAGUGUCCCGAUCCGGAGAUAUGGAAGCGGUACAUGAAGAGGUUUGCGAAGACAAUCGCGAAAGUGUUGGAAGCUUACGCUGACAUUGUGAAGAAAGAGUUUCCUGAGCAUUUGAAAGAAGAGCGAGUGGCUUGUAUACUAAUGAACAACAUCCAGCAACUACGUGUGCAACUUGAGAAGAUGUUCGAAGCUAUGGGCGGCACCAAACUUGAGACUGAUGCGGCGGAUAUUCUGAAUGAUCUGCAACAGAGCUUGAACAGUACGCUUGACGAGCUCGCUUCCAUGUUCGCUAACAGCUUGGAGACCAGGAUAACAGCAAGUGUGAAGGAGCUGGGUGAUCUACUGCAAAAGGUUGGCGGCGGCAACGCGCCGGGACAACCACAGCCACCCGUACAUCAUGAGGCUGAUGAAGUGCUAAGGCCGCUCAUGGAUAUAUUGGAUGGUUCAUUGACUAUGUAUGCGGAGUCCUGUGAAAAGACUGUUCUUAAACGACUGCUCAAGGAAUUGUGGAAGAUAGUAAUGAAAAUCCUCGAGAAAACCGUAGUGCUUCCGCCUAUGACUGAUAAGACGAUGAUGUUGAAGAAUUUAACCAACAACGCGAAGAACCUCGCAGCGAACGCCAAGAUCGAAGAUAUGACGCAACUCUUUAAGAGCACUGUUGGCAAGCAAGACGUCAAGCACGCGCUGUCUGGAGUUAUGGAUAUAUCUAAAGAGCAUUUGUCAGCUGAGAAGAGUUUGUCUCCAAAGCAAUGCGCGGUGCUGGACGCCGCUCUGGACACCAUAAAGCAAUACUUCCACGCCGGCGGGAACGGGUUAAAGAAAACGUUCUUAGAAAAGAGCCCGGAGCUUCAGUCGCUGCGAUACGCUCUCAGUCUGUACACGCAAACGACGGAUACGCUGAUCAGGACGUUUGUCACAAGUCAGCAGAACCAAGAUGCAGCAGUGGCUGAAGAAGGAAGCGUCGGAGAAGUGUCGGUGCAGGUUGAUAUAUUCACGCAUCCAGGAACUGGGGAGCAGAAAAUCACCGUGAAAGUGGUCGCAGCAAACGAUCUGAAGUGGGUGAUCCAAAGCGGCAUGUUCCGUCCGUUCAUCGAAGUGAACCUCAUCGGGCCACAUCUCGCCGACAAGAAGCGGAAAUUCGCCACCAAAUCCAAGAGCAACAACUGGAGUCCGAAGUUCAACGAAACCUUCCAUUUCAUGAUAAGCGCCAACGAGCAACUAGCGCUGUUCGAGCUUCACAUCUGCGUACGCGACUACUGCUUCGCUCGCGAGGAUCGUUUAGUCGGCGUUGCCGUCAUGCGGCUUGCCGACAACAUCGACCAGAACUCAUGUGCUGCUUGGCUCCCACUCGGCACGCGUGUUAAAAUGGACGAGACGGGCUGGACGAUCCUCAGGAUCCUCUCGCAGCGGCACAGCGACGAGGUCGCCAAGGAGUUCGUCAAGCUCAAGUCGGAGAUGCGGUCGGAGGCUCCGGCCGGCGCCGGGCCCCCGGGCCAGGGGCCCUCGUGAAACCCGUAAGGGCCACUCGCGAGCCACAGUUCUUCUAGCGACGUCCGAACGGACGCCACCGAGAAUCGCCGAUCUCACCGAUCGCAGUAAUACUCGCUCCACGGUCCUCGUGUCUAAACACUCCGAUGUGUUGCUACCGCUCGAGUUGUGAGACCUGGGGUCACGGAGAUUCCGCCGGAGAAGCAGACAUGACGCUAGGCGCUGCGGCGGUUUCCGGUCAGUGCUCCUUUUGUUUAGUGCGGCCUCGUGGCGUAUUUUGUAAAUAUUAUAACAGUAUUAAGUUACGCGACAAGUAGAAAUAUUUUGCACAAAUUCCUAAAAGUUAGCGAAAAAGACUGACCGUAGGCGGCCGCGGUCGCCGCGACGUCCACGCGCUCUAGGUAUUCAGCAAAUAAAUCUACACUUUGCACUUUCUUAGGCACACACUACUUAUUUUAUCGUGUCGUGAUAUUACUUUAAAUAUUCCAUACGAACGGAUUUGAUAGGUUAAAGUUACUUACUUAAUAUAAUUGACUUUAAUUUUAAUUUUUUGCACAUUUUGCUGGGUGACUAAAGGGGUGGACGAUUCACAAUUUAUGUAAUAAUACUUAUAUGGACCAAACUGUCACAAAUACGGAUACAUUUAUCCUAAUCCAUUAACGUUAAAUCAACAUUAUUUAUCUAAUUAAUCAUCUACUCGUUAUACGUGUACAGUAAAAUAAUAUAUGGCCUUAUGUAAAUUAUUUCCUCGUUUGUUUGAGAAUACUUUGCUUGUGUCAAGUUAAAAGGUACUAAGUGUUAACGAUGUACUGGAUGUCGAGAAACGGUGAAAUAUGCGUAUUUCCUGUAUAAUAAUAUCAUGAUAAUCUGUAUGGUGUGUAGAAUCGCGGGAGCGUCGCGAAGCAUGAUUGUAUAGGAGAUGAGUGUUUCAAAAAUGGUAUGAAUAUGAUUAAGGUUUAUUAUUUCUACCAAAGUAUUGUAAUGUUUUAUAAAUAUUCUGUUCGCGUCCCGUUAUGAGUGAUCUUUGUUGUCUUUCGUGGUCCAUGUCGUUGCAUAUACUGAUAUAUGUAAAUACCAACUUAAAUAUAACAUACUAUCACAUAUUUGCUCUUACUUUUAAUAUGCUUGGCGUGUCUAAUGUGUAAUUUGAAAUCUCCUAUAACAUUAUGUAUAAAUUAUUAAAAAUUGUGAUAUUGUUAUAAAAUGAUACAUCUCAUGGAUAUUUUAUGUAAACCUGUUUUAGCUGAUAAAUCCAAUAUUGAAAUGUUGGUUGUUAAUGUUAUAUUUCUUUUAUAUACAUACCUCAUUUAUUGAUAGGGCACUGAUAAGGAUAACAUUAUUUUCUACAACUUUUUCUAAUUAUGAGUCAGGUACUCAUUUUUGACAAAUAUCAACAUUCCAUUUUAAAUUUACUCACAAGUCACUAGCAUUUAAAACGAUCAGUGCUCAAAAAAUAAUUUGUUAAGGCUAUAAUUAUUAUGGCAAAUAUCACUAACGAAUCGUUGAUUUAACAAGAUAAUAUUAUAAUUAUGACAAUUAAAUAUUUAUCACAGUCCAAUCGAUACACAGCGUUUGAACAUCACGUAAAUAAUAAUUAGUGUGUGUAUAUUUUCAAUACCACUAAGACUUCUAUUUCAUAAACUUAAAUUAAAUUAAUUUCUUAUAUGAUGAUAUUUAAUACAAAUACCAAAUUCAUACAUUUACGAUUAUGACAAAAAUGUUGUCUUUUUAAUCCUUUUCUAAGUAUCUAAAUUAUCUUUUGAAAAGUACUAAAUUCAUGGUCAGCAUGUAACAUUACACUUACUUUACGACAUAUUUAUUAAUACUCUGCCUACUCGUACUUACAUUGAACUUGAACUUGUUGCUCUUCUAUCAGUUGUAUCUCUUAUGGAACUAAUUAUUUUGUUUAGAAAAAAUAUUAAAUAACAAUUAUAGACCAACCGCUAAACUGAGUCCUCGCCUGCGCGGUACGGGGGCGACGGGGUAAGACGACUAAGGGGACUGAGGAAGGUGCGGGCGGGGUACGCCUGCCGCCCGCACCUUCCGCGCAGGCGGGGACUCGUUUAAGCGGUCGGUCUAUAAUGUUUCCUAGUUGUACGUACUUUACGGGCUUCCUUUCUACACAGAUUUGCUAUAGAACUGUAGAAUUUGACGUUAGAUACCGUUCAAUUCACAAAACAUGUUUAAAAACUCUCCAAGUCACAAAAGGUAACUUUAUGUAGUUUAAAGAAAAAAAAAAUAACUACUUAGUCAAAUCAUAACGUAUAAAUAAUAUUGUCCAAGACGUUUUAGUAAUCGAUGUAAAAUUUGUUUGGACAACAUUAUUUAUCACCUUUUAAACUUAAAUAGUUGUUUCUACCUUCCUCUCCUGCAAAAUUACGAAGGCAGUAACUUACCUAUACUAAAUUAAUAAGUGUUAAAAAAAUAAUAUAAAAUUCAAAAUCAGACUGAGCAUAAUCGAGUUUCAUAUAAACAUGUUUUGGAUUUUGGAUUUCAAUGUUUUGUAUACGACAUGUUAUCGGGUGUGUCUUAGUGUACCUAACAGUGUUACUCAAUGUUAGUUGUAUAUGUUAUAAUAAAUGUGAAUGUGUGUGUAGGAGAGAUGUAACCGGAGUUUGUAAUGCCGAAUGUUUAAAAAAGUCGAAGUUUGUAGUCUUGGUUUUGAACAAAUGAUUAAAUUAUUUCAAUUUUGCGAGAAAAAGAUACAUAGUGCACAUUGGUGUACGUUAGUGCAAUGGAUUUGAUGUUGGCAAGGAGAGUUGUUUAAUGUCCGCAAUAGAUGAAAGUAUAUGACUGUGGUCCGUUUAUUAAAGUUAUUGUGAUGUUACGAUUACUUGUAAGAAUAUGAAGUCUAGGUGGCUUUGAAAAUGUAUACGAUGUGUAGAGAGGCACAUCACUACCACCAUGGAACUUAGAUUUUCUAAAUAUUAGGAUUUAUCAUGGAUUACAUAUCUAUAGAUAGAAAAUGUGGUUUGUCUAGUCCAAAUCUCAAUAAAUAAUAAUAUAUAUUUACUCGUCUUAAAAAUAUAAUAAUAAACUUUUGUUAAUGAAUUUGUAUUUCCGAGUCGACUGAGUCUGUGUUUCUAUUUGUAUAGCGCUAUAGCGAAAUAUUGUCAAAUUGAAAAUUAAUCGUUCUGUUUAGAGUUCAAGCAAUCUAUUCAAGGUAAUAAUGUUCUUAAAUACAUAAGUCAGUGUCAAAAUUAAAAGUUUAAAAUAAAUAGUUAAAUUUCUUGUCCGUCGCAAACGUUGUUAAAUACCGAAUAGUAAAGGUAGAUACAUUUAAAAUUUCUAAACAUUUCAAACUGUCACGUUAAUGCGUUGAAUAGAGUGUUGCAGUUUUUCAAAAAUCAUGACGAAAAGGAUCGCUUGCCAUUUAACGCCAGGUUCAUUUUGUCUCGUUUCCGAACAUUCCCAUUGUCAAGUCAUUCAUUUGUAAAUAAUCGACUCUUCUCUCGUCCUCUCGGGGGCAACAUUACAAUACAGAGCGUGUGAUAAUACAUCAUUUACAAAGUAACAGUAUUAAUGUAUCGUUUACCGUGUACCAACAAUCAUUCUAUAUUUAGUUUCAUCGCAACAACGGCUUUCGGAUUCGCGGUUCGAGCUAGAAAUAAAAGAAAAGCGCACAGUCUCCAUUAACCUCAUCAAAUUAAAAUUGUAAUUGACACAUAACCUUUACCAUUUGACAAUACUUGGUAAAUAUUAUUUUUAAGUGUAAAAUGUGAUCGUCACAUGCAUUGGCAUCAUUGUAAGUCUGUUACGCUCCAAUUUUAGUAUUAAAAUCACUAAACAUUGCAUAUAUCUUUGUAUAAAUGCAUAUAUGUAAAUGUUACAUGUUUAAAACACAUUAUUGAAUUUAGAAUUUUUAUGAAAAAAUAAAUAAAUAUCCGUAUUUCAAAUAUAUCUUGUUUCGUUUCA